GUGAUCCCCCGUGUAAGAGUGAGGUGGAGGCGGACAUUCCAGUCCAUGUGACCACAGAAAAGCCCAGUAGAAACCCAGGAGGAAACUUCAUGUUAAAUUAUAAAGAAGAAGAUAUCAUGCAGCGCUCUUCAGGGGGAAACCUCAUUUCCUGUAAAGUACUUCCAGGAGAUCACAGUACAGAUCUAUUGUAUAAUCUCCCUAAAUCUGAGGAACCUUCUCCCGACUUGCAGAUUGUUACCAUGGCUCCAGAUCUAUCAUAUAAUCCUCUUAAUCAUGAGGAACCUUUUCCUGACCAAUCACAGAUUGCUACUACAAGUACUGAGCAGAAAGGGGGUAAAAUAUUUAACUGCAGUGAAUGUGGAAAACAGUUUGCUUACAGCUCCGAUCUUGUUAGACAUGAGAGAAGUCACACAGGAGAGAAGCCGUAUUCAUGUUCUGAAUGUGGGAAAUGUUUCACAGAAAAAUCAGCUCUUGUUAAUCAUGAGAGAAUUCACACAGGAGAGAAGCCAUUUUCAUGUUCACAAUGUGGGAAGUGCUUCACAGAAAAAUCUAAUCUCAUAACCCAUCAGAGAAUGCACAGAGGAGAGAAACCAUAUCCAUGUUCAGUAUGUGGGAAAUGUUUUACAGGUAAAUCAAAUCUUAAUCGGCAUAAGAGAAUUCACACAGGAGAGAAGCCGUAUUCUUGUUCAGAAUGUGGGAAAUGUUUCAAAGAAAAAUCAGGUCUCUUAACACAUGAGUUAACUCACACAGGAGAGAAACCAUAUUUUUGUUCAGAAUGUGGGAAAUGUUUUACAAACAAAUCAGAUCUUAGCAAGCAUGAAAGAAUUCACACAGGAGAGAAGCCAUUUUCAUGUUCAGUAUGUGGCAAAUGUUUUACAAAUAAAUCCGAUCUUUUUAAACAUGAGAGAAUUCACACAGGAGAGAAGUCAUAUUCAUGUUCAGAAUGUGGGAAAUGUUUUACAACUAAAUCAUAUCUUAUAAGACAUGAGAGAAUUCACACAGGAGAGAAACUGUAUUCAUGUUCAGUAUGUGGGAAAUGUUUUACAAAUAAAUCUGAUCUUAUGAAACAUGAGAGAAUUCACACAGGAGAGAAACCAUAUUCCUGUUCAAUAUGUGGGAAAUGCUUUACAAAUAAAUCAAAUCUUAUUACACAUGAGAGAAUUCACACAGGGGAGAAACCGUAUUCAUGCUCAGAAUGUGCGAAAUGUUUCAUAAAUAAAUCAAAUCUUAUUAUACAUCAGAGAAGUCACACAGGGGAGAAGCCGUAUUCAUGCUCAGAAUGUGAGAAAUGUUUCAUAAAUAAAUCAAAUCUUAUUAUACAUGAGAGAAGUCACACAGGAGAGAAACCAUAUUUUUGUUCAGAAUGUGGGAAAUGUUUUACAAACAAAUCAGAUCUUAGCAAGCAUGAAAGAAUUCACACAGGAGAGAAGCCAUUUUCAUGUUCAGUAUGUGGCAAAAGUUUUACAAAUAAAUCCGAUCUUUGUAAACAUGAGAGAAUUCACAAAGGAGAGAAGUCCUAUUCAUGUUCAGAAUGUGGAAAAUGUUUUACAACUAAAUCAUAUCUUUUAAGACAUGAGAGAAUUCACACAGGGGAGAGACUGUAUUCAUGUUCAGAAUGUGGGAAAUGUUUUACAAAUAAAUCAGAUCUUAUGAAACAUGAGAGAAUUCACACAGGAGAGAAACCAUAUUCCUGUUCAAUAUGUGGGAAAUGCUUUACAAAUAAAUCAAAUCUUAUUACACAUGAGAGAAUUCACACAGGAGAGAAGCCGUAUUCUUGUCCAGAAUGUGGGAAAUGUUUUACAAAUAAAUCAGAUCUUAUAAAGCAUGAGAAACGUCACACAAUGUUAAUGCUUUGAUUAAUGUUUUACAAGUAAAUCACAUCUAUUACGUAUGAACUCAUCAGAGAAUUCACACAGAGAAGAAACCGUAUUUUGUUCAGAAUUUGGGGAAAUGCUAUAUGCUUAUUCACAAACAUUAAAGAGACAAAAAAAAGUUUACUUUUUGGGUGGAUCUAUCAAAUGCGCUAAAUAUAUUUACCGGAGAUUACCUGUGAUUGUGAUUCAAGGAGGAAUAAUAUUGUGGAUGUAAGGAAGAAAAAAGAAAUGAAGCUAAGAUGUCCCCAUUUAGCUAGUUUACUGUAUUCAUACCUCCACCCAUACUGCAGAAAUGUCCAGGGUGUCACAGUGAAAAAGGAAGCACACCUCAUGUAGAUGUAACGUAUGUGGACACAUCAGUGUUUGGUCUUCAUUCAUAAAGUAUGUCAUGGUAACCGUGAUGGAAUUGAAUAAAACAACAAUAAAAUUUGUCUUUGCAAUAAUUUGUAAAACAUAAAA